UCCUUUCUUCCCUUGCAUUUUCCCUAAGGGAGAAUUCUGCAUCAUAAAAGAAAGAAACGCAGUAUGAAUUCUUUCCAGAAAUGAUUUGAGAUCUGCGUUUGUGACAUCUUAUUAUAAGACAAGCUAACAUCUAUUAUUAAUUGAUGCACUAAUUAAAGCCAUACUCGCAGUUUCCAUUAGCUUAUUCCCUAAAUUCUCCAGAGUUGGCUGUCUGGUUUUAAUCAAAACCAAAUGGUAGUCCAAGCUCCCAGCGUGGAGCAGCUAGGAGGAAGUCAUUCAGUGGAGGCACAAAAGCAGAAAAGAUAAACAGAUGAGAGUUCACAAACUGUGUGUCUGGGGAAGGAUGCACACUCUGCUAGUCACUUUAGAGAUGUGAUUGAGGGACUCGGCCUUGCAGGAGGAAGCAUUGCCAGUGUUUAAUGUCAGCACAACUCUUACAUGAUCAAGAUGGAGUCUGCCUUCUUCCUUUGCAGCCGUGGCUGUCUGUAACUGGAGGAUCCCGACUGUAGGCAACGAAAUGGCAGAACACACUCUCUUCCUUGAUCCAUGAAUUCAAAAUCAUCUUUCGUCAAGUUCCAUCCCCGGUGAGCGUCAUAUGGAAUGCAUCUCCUUGUCUGUUGUUAAGCUAUGGUGACAUGUCUGUAGCUAUCAGAAAAAGGAGCUGGGAAGAGCAUGUGACCCAACAGACUGGACAGCCUUUUAAUUCUGAUGAGUAUGACAUAGCAUGUCAUCACGGACUGGCAUCCGACAGCUUGCAGGCAAGUAUGGAAAAAGAUGCAACCUUAAAUGCUGGCCAUAAAGAGAAGUGUGCCUCUCUACCAGACUGCUGUUGUGGGCCAGAGCCCAGAGACUUUCCUGGGAGGCCAAUGGGUCAUAUUUCACAGGAAGUGGAUGAAAGCGGCAGCCAGGAAGGGGAGGAGCGGUUUCUGUCUCUGGAGGCCAGCACAGAAACGCUAGUACACAUUUCUGAUGAGGAUACUGAUUCCGAGCUCCACCUUACCCAUGAUGCACAGAUUUCAACUCCCCAAAGACAUGACAGAGACAGCCAACUUGGUGUCGAAGGAGCGGGCUCCCUCAUGAAGACACUGUCCACCAUGCACAGUAACCCAGAUUCACAUAACUCCUGGAGGAAGGCUGGUAAAGCUGAUGUGUCUCCAGCAGAAGAAAGUGGGGGGAGGCAAGGUGCUGAUGCUGUAACUAAAAGCCUGGAGCUUUGUAAGGAUAGAAGUUCAAAUGAAACAAAAGAUGUGCCCAAAGUAAGUACAUUCGAUUCUUUGAAUGUGGAAGAUACCACACCUGAGACACAACUGCUUAAUUCUGCGGUAGUCGCUAAACAACGAAGGAAACCUGACUUUCCUAAAGAGGAACAGGAAAAAAAUCGCCCCGGUGUAGUAGAAGUGGAGUUCUUGGCUGCUCCUUAUGCAGACAGAGGGCUGCCAUUAUUAAAAGCAGAUUGCGGAAGCUGCCUUCUACAGCCUCCUUCCUGUGCCCGUGGAAUGUCAGCAGAAAAUGACCCGGAGAGGAGUGGGCUCUCAGAAGAUCAAAACAAAAUCCCUCUCAAGGUCAACACAGAAGAUGGCUUGCAGUGUUUACACUUAAGGGGCCCAGUGACCACCCAGGAGACCAUAGACAAUCAAGUCCGAUUGCGCAAGAGAAAGGAAACAAGGGAUGAUCGCGACAGGACACGGCUGGACUCCAUGGUGCUGCUAAUCAUGAAACUAGACCAACUAGACCAAGACAUUGAGAACGCCCUCAGCACUGCCUCUUCCGCAUCCAGCACCCCAACGAACCUGCGGCGGCAUGUCCCUGAUCUGGAAUCAGGAUCUGAAAGCAGAGCGGAUAGUAUCUCAAUAAAUCAGACACAGGUGACUCUGUCUUCUAAUCCUGACUCCACUGAUUCAUCAUCCACUCCAGGGAGCAAUUCUGGAACCAAACCCAAGGCCAUGGCUAUUACAUGUAUUGGAGAAAAGGAAAUGUCUGAAAUUGAAGCCAAGGAAGCUUGUGAUUGGCUGCGGGUAACUGGAUUCCCCCAGUACGCACAGCUUUAUGAAGAUCUCCUGUUCCCUAUUGAUAUUUCUCUGGUCAAGAGAGAACAUGAUUUCUUGGACAGAGAUGCCAUCGAGGCCCUGUGCAGGCGACUGAAUACGUUAAACAAGUGUGCGGUGAUGAAGCUGGAGGUCAGCCCUCACCGGAAACGAAGUGAGGAUUCGGAUGAAGAUGAACCUUGUGCAAUAAGUGGCAAGUGGACAUUCCAGAGGGACAGCAAGAGGUGGUCCCGGCUUGAAGAGUUUGAUGUCUUUUCUCCAAAGCACGAUCCAAUCCCUGGGUCCCCAGACGACCCUCACUUGCAGAGCGCCACAAGCCACGAGAGCAUGCUGACAGACCUCAGCGAGCGCCAGGAGGUGUCUUCUGUCCGAAGCCUCAGCAGCACCAGCAGUGUCCCCACACACGUGCCCCACAGUGGGGAUGCUGUGACACCCCGAACGAAUUCUGUCAUCAGCGUCUGCUCCUCCAGCCACUUUGUAGGCAACGAUGACUCUUUCUCCAGCCUCCCUUCCCCCAAGGAACUUUCCAGCUUCAGCUUCAGUAUGAAAGGCCACGAGAAAAACACCAAGUCUAAGACACGGAGCCUGCUGAAACGGAUGGAGAGCUUGAAACUCAAGGGUUCCCACCACAGCAAGCACAAGGCGCCUUCGAAGCUGGGGUUGAUCAUCAGUGCUCCCAUUCUGCAGGAGGGAAUGGAUGAGGAGAAGCUGAAGCAACUGAACUGCGUGGAGAUCUCAGCCCUCAAUGGCAACCACAUCAACGUGCCCAUGGUACGAAAAAGGAGUGUGUCCAACUCCACCCAGACCAGCAGUAGCAGCAGCCAGUCAGAGACCAGCAGUGCUGUCAGCACACCGAGCCCAGUCACCAGGACACGGAGCCUCAGCACCUGUAACAAGCGGGUGGGCAUGUAUCUAGAGGGCUUCGACCCUUUCAGUCAGUCCACCUUGAAUAGCGUGACGGAACAGAACUAUAAGAACCGUGAGAGCUACCCAGAGGACACAGUGUUCUACAUUCCGGAAGAUCACAAGCCUGGAACAUUCCCCAAGGCCCUCUCCAAUGGCAGUUUCUGUUCUUCGGGAAGCAGUUCUGUGAACUGGAGGACUGGAAGCUUCCAUGGCCCUGGCCACCUCAGCCUACGGAGAGAAAACAGCAGUGACAGUCCUAAGGAACUAAAGAGGCGCAAUUCCUCCAGCUCUGUGAGCAGCCGCCUAAGCAUCUAUGACAAUGUGCCGGGCUCCAUCCUAUAUUCCAGCUCAGGGGACCUGGCAGACCUAGAGAAUGAGGACAUCUUCCCUGAGCUGGAUGACAUUCUCUACCACGUGAAGGGAAUGCAGCGGAUAGUCAACCAGUGGUCUGAAAAGUUUUCAGAUGAGGGGGACUCAGACUCAGCCCUGGACUCCGUGUCUCCUUGCCCAUCAUCUCCAAAACAGAUACACCUGGAUGUGGAACAUGACCGAAGGACACCCAGUGACCUGGACAGCACGGGCAACUCCCUCAAUGAGCCUGAAGAGCCCACUGACAUCCCAGAAAGAAGGGACUCCGGGGUGGGGGCAUCCCUGACCAGAUGCAAGAGGCACAGACUGAGAUGGCACAGCUUCCAGAGCUCUCACCGGCCGAGCCUAAACUCUGUAUCUCUGCAGAUUAACUGUCAGUCUGUGGUCCAGAUGAACCUACUACAGAAAUACUCACUCCUGAAACUGACAGCCCUGCUGGAAAAAUACACGCCUUCCAACAAGCAUGGUUUUAGCUGGGCUGUGCCCAAGUUCAUGAAAAGGAUCAAGGUUCCAGACUACAAGGACCGGAGUGUGUUUGGGGUCCCACUGACGGUGAAUGUGCAGCGCUCGGGGCAGCCCCUGCCUCAGAGUAUCCAGCAGGCCAUGCGUUACCUCCGUAACCAUUGUCUGGACCAGGUUGGGCUCUUCCGAAAAUCAGGUGUCAAAUCCAGGAUUCAGGCGCUACGACAGAUGAAUGAAGGUGCUGAAGAUUAUGUCAACUACGAAGGCCAGUCUGCUUACGAUGUGGCAGACAUGCUAAAGCAAUAUUUUCGAGAUCUUCCUGAGCCCCUCAUGACGAACAAACUCUCAGAAACCUUCCUACAGAUCUACCAAUAUGUGCCCAAGGACCAGCGCCUCCAAGCUAUCAAGGCAGCCAUUAUGCUCCUGCCUGACGAGAACCGGGAAGUUCUCCAGACGCUUCUCUACUUCCUGAGCGACGUCACAGCGGCCGUGAAGGAAAACCAGAUGACUCCCACCAACCUGGCUGUGUGCUUAGCCCCUUCUCUCUUCCACCUCAACACCCUGAAGAGAGAGAAUUCUUCCCCAAGGGUCAUGCAAAGAAAACAGAGUUUGGGGAAACCAGACCAGAGAGAUCUGAAUGAAAACCUAGCUGCCACGCAAGGGCUGGCCCACAUGAUUGCUGAAUGCAAGAAGCUCUUCCAGGUUCCCGAGGAAAUGAGCCGAUGUCGCAACUCUUACACUGAACAAGAGCUUAAGCCUCUCACACUGGAGGCCUUGGGACACUUGAGUAGUGAUCAGCCUGCUGACUACAGACACUUUCUCCAGGACUGUGUGGAUGGCCUGUUUAAGGAGGUCAAAGAAAAGUUCAAAGGCUGGGUCAGCUACCCUACUUCUGAACAGGCCGAGCUGUCCUAUAAGAAGGUCAGUGAAGGACCCCCGCUAAGGCUUUGGAGGUCAACCAUUGAAGUCCCUGCGACACCUGAGGAGAUCUUAAAACGCCUUCUGAAAGAGCAGCACCUUUGGGACAUGGACCUGCUGGACUCUAAGGUGAUAGAAACCCUGGACAGCCAGACUGAAGUCUACCAGUACGUUCAAAACAGCAUGGCACCUCACCCUGCUCGGGACUACGUUGUGUUGAGGACCUGGAGGACUAACUUACCCCGGGGAGCCUGUGCCCUCUUACUCACCUCUGUGGAUCACGACCGGGCACCCGUGGUGGGGGUGAGGGUUAACGUGCUCCUGUCCAGAUAUUUGAUGGAACCCUGCGGGUCAGGAAAAUCCAAACUCACCUACAUGUGCCGAGCUGAUUUAAGGGGCCACAUGCCGGAGUGGUACACAAAAUCUUUUGGACAUUUGUGUGCAGCUGAAGUGGUAAAGAUCCGGGACUCCUUCAGUAAUCAGAACACUGAAACCAAGGAUAACAAAUCUAGGUGAUCACUGAGGCGAAGCACCUGCGUCUACUGCCUGGGUGAUUGUUUCUAGAGCCUUGCCAGUCCACGGAGGAGUCCAUCUGGGUCUCAUUGACUAUAGCAAUUUGAGGAGAAUUUUUUUUAAAGCUGCUUCCUGUUUGUCUUAGGUCUAUGUCAUAGACCUUGACUGGAUUAUAUAAGACUUGGGGCAUGGGGCCGGGGUGUACUUGUAUUAUUCAGAUUGCUUCUGAGAAGCAAGAACUCUUUCAGUGCAUAACAGAAGAUGGUGGAGAGGACGUCAUUCUCUCGUGACGUCAGCGCAUGUGUACCUAUGUCGUUUGUUUGCAGUGUGUUGAGGGACUGACGUAUCCACUGGAAUAGUUGGUACUCGUUGGCAGGUUUUGUCCCUGGGAUGAGCAGAGAACGGUUUGCCCAGAGAAGUGUGAAUGUGUGUGUUGCUGGCUGAGUGGCACAGAUGGAGAGAUGGGAUGCAGUGUCUGGCACACUGAGAUGCUCCACAGAAGAUGCUGAUUCAUACACCAGGUUUAGCUCCGCCUGGAAUAGCCGACUACCCAGGGAUCUACCCAGAAGGGGAACGCAGCUAGCUCCCUUCUCCCUUUCCCUCCAGGUUAUUGUGGCGUUGUUUGGGAGGGGUUGGUUUUUUUCGGUGUUUUGUUUUGUUACUUUCCUUUUCUUCAAACCUUUGCUUUCCCAUAAACUGUAGUUUCCUAUGAUUGUAGUAAUGUAACCAUCAAGACUAAGAAGCUCUCUCUCCACUCCCUUGACUGGCUCCAAAGGAAGGUUUUAUUUACGUGAGAUGUAAAGGCCUAAUGCUAACAUCCAAAAGCAAAGUACCAAAACUUUUUUUUUUUUAUUUCUGGGACUGGGAGUUGAACCCAGGGCCUUUUAUAUGCCAGGCAAGCACUCUACAGUGGACUUUAUCCCCAGCUCUGUUUUGACCUUUUAUUUUGAGACAGGAUCUCACCACGUUGCCCAGGCUGGUCUUGAACAACUAACUCACCAUGUAGCUGAGGCGCCUAUCUCAGUCUGUGUAAUAACUGGGAUAAGAGGUGUUCAUUGACACUUUUUACCUGUUAUAAUUCAUAAUAUUUUCAUGCUUGUGAUGUAAACUCUAAGAUAAACCAGGGAACACAGGGAUAUAUGUCCCCAGUAGAGUUAACCCAAGUACUAGAGGCUUUUGAUUAUUGGUGUUCCCAGUGUUCCAGACAGCUAUGUGUGUGUAUUUUCAUUGGGUUUGUCCUCGUGCACAAAUAGGUUUUCUGACUAUUUGUUAUUUUUCCUCCAUUUCUUUUUUUCUUUUCUCUCAUAACAAUGCCCUUGAACUGUAUUUUCAUAAUAAUGGGGGGUAGAAAUCUCAGUGAAAAACAGAUAGUGCAGGUGUUUGGAAGGGUGAUCUUUAUACAGGUUUUACUGUAAUGGUAAAGAUUGACUCGAGACAGUAUUAGUAAAUUUAUUUUGUAUGGAUCAAAAAGUGAGUCAUAUGAAUGAGAGUCGAAGAAGGAUUUUUAUUUUGUUAUAACUUAGUUACCUUGUCAGUAUUAUUUCAGAAAUUCUUUGAAGAAUGGGGGGUGGGGUCAGAGUAGAGUUUUAAAAUUUGAGUAUUUGAAUUAUCAGUGUUGCUUGUGAAGACGUGCGUGUAUAUUCAAUUUCAUUGGCUUCUGGAUCUGUAAGAUUGUAUGCUGUAUAUACCAUUCUAUUGAGAAACGUGUACACAUGUCUGUCCACUGUGCUUUCAGACAUAGAUAAAGCAUGAUAAAGAUUAUUAUUUAAAAUAUACUUGUAUUUAUACCUCAGAUAUUCUUUUGGGUUUUGUACCUCAAGGUUCCCCUCUACGCAUUGUAAAUACACUUUACGUGAAUACAGUUUUAGUGAAAAAAAAAAAGAGUAAAUAAAGGAAGAGGUUUAUAAUUUGCCCUAUAUCUGUACAGAGUAUAUUCAGUAAAUGCACUAUUAAAUGUUUAAGGGGAAGAGUCUGGUCUGCUUUCUGCAUUGCAUCUUCCUCCGUCCUUAGAAGCAGGGAUUGCAAAGCAGAGCCGCCCAGUGCCAACUGAAAUCCAAAGAUACAUCGGCUGAAAGAAAAAUCGGAUGACGAAUUAUUCCAAGGCCAAGCUGCGACUGAGCCACUCACCCACAAACAGGAAACCCUGGUGAAGGUUCAGGAAGCCUGGAGAUUUUCUCCACACCAAGGUCUGACACGAUGCUGAGAAUUUACGAGAACGGAGCAACAGCAAUGGAACAAUUCUUAGAAGCAAAGUCAAGGUCACUGAUUAAUCCACAAAAGGUCUCUUUCCCAUGUUGAACUUUCCUGUUGAAGGGAUUCCUUACGUCUGGCCAGAGAAGAAUUCAGAGUGCCUCGGGACUGUGUAAGAACUAGGCUUACAUUAUGUAACAUCCCACAACUUGUCCAUUUGAGUCUUGGGCUAGAUUGUGAGUUCUUCAAGGGCAGGCGCAUCUCCUGCACACCUUUAUAACCCUCUGCAACAGCUUUCAGUGUUUUGUACUUGUAGACACCUAAUAAAUUUAUCAUUUGCUAAAUAACA